AUGGACAUAUCAGAAGGGGGAUGGACGGUUAUUCAGAAUCGCUUUAAUGGAUCUCUGGAUUUCAAUAGAAACUGGACAGAUUAUAAAAAUGGAUUUGGAUCGCCCAUCGGAGAAUACUGGAUAGGUAAUGAGGUUAUCUACGAAUUGACGAAAAAUCUCUCCAACUUCUUACAUGUCACUAUAAUGCUGACAAAUGUGAUCAGCUUAUUUCAACAGUAUGAAACGUUGUCAAUUGCAAAUGAACUGGACAACUAUAUACUUUACCUUGUAGGCAACUCCUCUGGAACUUUGGGAGACAGGAUGAUAAAGGUACCAUCCGGUGGCAAAUUAAACGGCAUGAGGUUUUCCACAAAAGAUCGAGACAAUGAUAGACAUCCUGGCAGCUGUGCUAAUAAACAUCUCGGAGGAUGGUGGCAUAAUUCUUGUCAUGACCUUUACGGGUCGUCGUCAUGGAUACAGCCUUGGUAUCCUAAGAUUGGAGGUGGAGCAUUGAUUAGGGAAACAGUUAUGAUGGUAAAAAGAAGUUAUGGGAAAACGACAAGGUCAAAGUCGGUAUCGAGGAAUGGCAGGGGGAACCUAUUGUUUUGGAUUUUUCUACAAGAAUUAUAA